UUUUCUUUUCUUUUCUUUUCUUUUUUCGUUUUCCUUAUUUUAUUAAAAAAAAAUGCAAGAAGACUAUUUGAAUACAUUCAAAGAGCCUCAUAAUGUUCUGCUUUCGUUAGCACCAGAGCAAAGUUUAAGACAAAAAUCAACUACGAAUAAUGCAGUUAAUAAUUCAAGUACACAUUGGAAGUGUCAUAAAGAUAUAUUAAAGUCAAAGUCAACCUAUUUCAAUGCUUUAUUUAAUAAUGAUUUUCAAGAAACUGAAGCAUCCGUCAUCUUCUUACCUUACGGUAUUUUUAGCUCCUUUGUAUUAGAUGAUAUUCUUUAUUACAUGUAUACAAACUCUAUUUGUAUAAUUGAAGAAGAAAAAUCGGAUGAUCAAAACAAUUACGAAAGGGCAAACAAACUUGAACGACUUGAAUCCAUUUAUUUAGCAGCCGACUAUUUAGGAAUGGAUACACUUUGUCAUUUAAUACAAGAGGAAAUCAUACAACUUACACAUGGUCUUGUGUGCUAUUGCUGUAGCUGCACAUUCCUUAUUCCAAAACUAUUGGCUUUCACGGGACAAAAUCAACAAAAUGAUCCUCAAUUGAGUGAGAUGACAUAUGCUAUUUUAAAAUUACUCAUACAGGAUCCAGAAAAGACACUACCUACUUAUUGGACAAGUGAUUCACUAGCUCAACUUUUUAUAGAAACUAAAUCAUUACACACCUAUCUAGAGUCAAAAUUAUUUGAGCAUGUGAAUAAGAAUAAUGCGAUUGAAGUUUUGUAUGGUUGCUUUUUAGCAGCUAAUAGCCAUCAGGAAGAAAAAAAAAUUUUAGCAACUACACAAAGGCAAAUACAAAGGACAGCGUCUAAAUUACUUGCAGAUCAUUUCGAUUUUUAUUGUACUCAAUAUCCAAAGUUGUUAUCAUGUGUAGAUGGUAUUACUUACUCGUAUCAAUUUUUAGAAUUUUUAUUAUUGUCCAACGUUCUUAAAGAAAUGAAUGACUUUAAUGCUUCCUCCUUAUAUAAGGGCAUCGUUCGAAGUUUAAUGUGUCGAGAUAGCGUUCAACAUACAUCUGAUGUCAAACAUAUUUUACAGUCUGCAAAAACUAAAGUGAUAAGAUAUAUCGGCUCACAUUUAAGUACCAUAAAACAAUUAAAUACAAUUGACAAAACUGUAGUAGAACAACUUGCUCAAGAUUUAGGGAUACCCCGUUAUUGGAGUAUUACUUGGGAUCAUAUUCUACGAUCACGUUUAUGUACGAUUGUAUUUGGUAAAGCUUCUUUCCAUUUAAAUGUGGGUCAAAGAGUUCAGUUAUUAAACAGACCUGUUAUAACAACUGAGCAAAAAAAUGAAGAAUAUGUGGGAAUAGAGUUAGACAGGAGUGUUGGAUCAAAUGAUGGUUCACUAAAUGGGAAACGUUAUUUUUCAACAUUACCAAACAAAGGAAUAUUUGUCAAGCAAUCUCAAGUAAUCUUAAUAUAAUUUUAUGUUAUGCUUCUAUUUUCAGUUAUAUAUGUAUUUAUAUAAAUCUUAAUAAUUGAGCAGUAAUUUUUUCCUUAGUCAUGAUGUACAUAACUGUUACAUCUCUAUUACGUAUAUUUUAUGGACAUGAAUACAUCUACGGUUUGUCCAAAACUAGAUUUUCCUUAAUAUAUAAUAAUAGAGAAAACCUAGUUUUCCUUAUUACUUACU